AAGAAAAGAAAAUAACUAUGAGCCAUUUUGGUACUUUAUACCCUCUUUCAAGUCAGGGGGCACUGUUCAGGACUGUCAUCUAUCUUAUAAGGGGCCCCAAAAUGUUACAUAGUAUGGAUUAAGGAAGAGUAUAUAUGGAGAAAGAGGAAAGCUUGCAAGAGCUUUCUGAUCAGACAGAGAAAUGAACAACACCCUCAUCUUGCAUCACCCCAUGACUUUUAAUUCUAGAGAAUAAAUUGGCACAACUCAAACAAUCUAAGUGGUUUUGUGAACUUGACAAAAUAUGGAGAAGUUUUUCCACUUUAGCUUAGUGGAAAACUACCUUGCCUUAUUUUUCUGACUUAACCUUGGGUCAGACUGGCCGUGACAUGAUGCUCAGACUGGCAUUUGGGUGGGCAUAGGAGAUCAAGUCCGAAUGCCCCUGCACUGUCUGGGUGGAAGCUUUUGAAGGGUCUGUCCUUGCUUACCUGGCCCACCUGGCCUCUCACUGCUCUGUAGUGGUUGGUUGCUUCCUCAUCUUUUCUUUCACCUCCACAUCUACUCCUUCCCAUCACCUCCUUUUUCUUUAAGAUCGUGUUAAAGCACGUCUUCAGGGAAGCCUCUCUGAACAGGACAGAAUAAUUAAUCUAGUUACCGCUGUCAUGAUACCAUCUGUUCUCCUGACAGUUUUUACCCUUUUGCAUUGUCAUGCUCUCCUUAUCAGAAUCUCAGUUCCCUGAGGAUGGGAAUCAUAUAUUUAAUGCAUUUUAACUUAUUUAUUCAUUUAGUGUCAUCUAUACAGUGUUAUUAUGUUUAGGGACUAUGAAGAUGCUGAGCAUACAAAUGCCUGUCAUCUAUAGUUUCAUACUUUAGUUUUAGAGAAUUACUCCAAAGUCAUCAUGAUUGAAGAUAAUAAAGAGAACAAAGACCAUUCUUUGGAAAGAGGAAGAGCAACUCUCAUUUUUUCCUUAAAGAAUGAAGUUGGAGGACUUAUAAAAGCACUGAAAAUCUUCCAGGAGAAACAUGUGAACCUGUUACAUAUUGAGUCCCGAAAAUCUAAGAGAAGAAACUCAGAAUUUGAGAUUUUUGUUGACUGUGAUACCAACAGAGAACAAUUGAAUGAUAUUUUUCAUCUUCUGAAGUCUCAUACCAAUGUUCUUUCUGUGACUCCACCAGAUAAUUUUACUAUGAAGGAAGAAGGCAUGGAGAGUGUUCCUUGGUUUCCAAAGAAGAUUUCAGACCUGGACCAUUGUGCUAACCGAGUUCUGAUGUAUGGAUCUGAGCUAGAUGCAGACCACCCUGGCUUCAAAGACAAUGUCUACCGUAAAAGACGAAAGUACUUUGCAGACUUGGCUAUGAGCUAUAAAUAUGGAGACCCCAUUCCUAAGGUUGAAUUCACGGAAGAGGAGAUUAAGACCUGGGGAACCGUAUUCCGGGAGCUCAACAAACUCUAUCCGACCCAUGCUUGCAGAGAGUAUCUCAAAAAUUUACCUCUGCUUUCCAAGUAUUGUGGAUAUCGGGAAGACAAUAUCCCACAGCUGGAAGAUAUUUCAAACUUUUUAAAAGAGCGCACAGGUUUUUCCAUUCGUCCUGUGGCUGGUUACUUAUCACCAAGAGAUUUCUUAUCAGGUUUAGCCUUUCGAGUUUUUCACUGCACUCAAUAUGUGAGACACAGUUCAGACCCCUUCUAUACCCCAGAGCCGGAUACCUGCCAUGAACUCUUAGGUCACGUUCCCCUUUUGGCUGAGCCAAGUUUUGCUCAGUUCUCCCAAGAAAUUGGCCUGGCUUCCCUUGGAGCUUCAGAGGAGGCUGUUCAAAAACUGGCAACGUGCUACUUUUUCACUGUGGAGUUUGGUCUAUGUAAACAAGAUGGACAGUUACGAGUCUUCGGCGCUGGCUUACUUUCUUCUAUCAGUGAACUCAAACAUGUGCUUUCUGGACAUGCCAAAGUAAAGCCUUUUGAUCCCAAGAUUACCUGCAAACAAGAAUGCCUCAUCACAACUUUUCAGGAUGUCUACUUUGUAUCUGAAAGCUUUGAAGAUGCAAAGGAGAAGAUGAGAGAAUUUACCAAAACAAUUAAGCGUCCCUUUGGAGUGAAAUAUAAUCCCUACACACGAAGCAUUCAGAUCCUGAAAGACGCCAAAAGCAUAACGAAUGCCAUGAACGAGCUGCGGCAUGAUCUUGACGUUGUCAGCGACGCCCUUGGGAAGGUCAGCAGGCAGCUGAGUGUCUGACGGCUGCCAGUCCUAACUCAGACACCGUCUGAGCAUCGAUUCAGAGGCCUUGGUGGGCCAGCCCUGCUUUUCUUGGAGACCUGAUCAUGGAAGGAUAGCCGCUUCUGGCUAAAUGAUACUCUCUAAUCCCAUUUCUUAAUGAAUCACUAGGCUAAAACUGCACCUGGAUACUUUAUCUGCUAAUCAUUUUGUUUUUGGUAAUGGUUUAGUGAAAUACAAUUCACAUACCAUACAAUUUACUCACCACCCAUUUUUAGUAGUAAAUUGUUUGACCCAAUGGAUGGAACUAGUCUGGGCCUAUUUGCUCCAAUUCUUCCUGAAUAAGAUGGCUUUUAUGAUUAUUUAGAUCUCUAUGAGUAUUAUAGAGCUCUGACUCAUGUUGUUACCUGAGAUCCCCUUAUUUAUAAAGUAUUUGCUACUUAUUACCGAAUUUGUGCCAAGCUCAGUGACAUUCACACACCCAACUUGAUAGAUCAGUUGUUUUAUACUGCUAGCAUGAGCAAAAUUAUAGAGGUCUUUAUACACAGGGCAUACCUAGUAAAGAGUUGGUAGUCUAGUUUCAAGUGUAGUAUUUUACAGGAAAAUAAGAGUAGCUAUCUGGAAAGGUUGAUUGGGGCAUAAGCCUUCAGGCUAAUAAUUUUAGGGGGCCCCUUUCCAAAUGACUAUUCUUCUUGAAACUCACUUUCCUUUCUAUGACAUCAUAUAAUGCUGGCUUUGUCCUAGAUUAUCUGUCUUCCUCCUGAGUACAAGAGGAAAUUGGUAUGGGUGCCACCUGGAAAGCCUUGUACUCACACAUGCAGUCCCAGAUGUUGUAAUGGGAUUAUCCUCUGGCUAGCAGGAGGUAAUGUGGUCAAAGGGAGGGUUCAAACUGAGAUAAGAGAAGCACAAAGUGAAGGUUGGAAAAGCAGUGCCAAGCACUUUAUCUCCAGGGUAAGCAGUGAGGGCAGAGGAUGGGGACAAGGGGAGGAAAUGGAUCUGGAAAGUCAGGAAAAGCAGUUUAGGAUUGAGAUUGUAAAUAAUGCAAAGGGUUACAAGGACUGGUUUUUAUGUGGUGUCAGCUGAAACAUAGGGAGUAAGCAAUAUAGUGUUUUUUCUCUCUUUUUAAGAUGGGGGUAGCAUUUUUCUAAAAGAAAUAUUUAUUUAUUUAUUUAUUUUGAAAGUCAGAGUUACAGAGAAAGAGGGAGAGACAGAGAGAGAUCUUCCAUUCACUGGUUCAUUCCCCAUAUGGCUGUAAUGGCCAGGGCUGAGCCAGACUGAAGCCAGGAGCCAGGAGCUUCAUCCGGAUCUCCUACAUGGGUGGCAGGCAGAGGCCCAAACCUGCCUGGGCCAUCUUCCGCUGCUUUUCCCAGGCCAUUGGCAGGGAGAUGGAUCAGAAUGGAGCAACCGGGACAUGAACCGGCAUCCAUAUUGGAUGCCAGCACUGCAGGUGGCAGCUUUACCCACUACACCACAAUGCUUGCCUCAGCAAUGUAGUUCUAUAUGAGUGAAGCAGAACUCCCCAAUACAUGCUUGUGUCUUCUUAAUUUGCUCCUUCUGCCCCUUGCCCCAUCCAUUAAAGGAAGAAGAUCUUCUAUCUUCAGCCCUCUUCUCUCUCUGCCGUUCAUGGGCAAUGUCAGCCACAUCCAUGAUUUCAAUUCCUAUUUUGGAUGACUCCUAUAUAUGUAGUUCUCACCCUGGCAUCUUUCUAGAAUGUUUGCUUCUUAAUUCCCACUGCCUGCUGGAUAUGUCCAUCUUGAUUUACCAUAAAUGAGACCAGUGUUGUACAGUUUUAUCUGACACCACUCACCAUGAAAUAAAGUUGUGCAACAUACCAGACCUGCCAAGCAUCUCAAAUCUGACAGUUCUGAAAAGAACUUAGGAGCACCUGAGUGUUACACCCCUGCAGCUUCUUUGUGUUAAUGAUAUAACAAGGGUCAUGUUCUCAGUCAGUUUUCUAUGGCUAACCAGCUACUUAAAAACUGUGCCCCCCCCCAUUAAUUGUCAAAUUGUAUACCACUUAACUUGUUUUGUUUUCAUAGACUACCAGACCUUUUAAACCUUUUUAGACCUGAAAAGAAAUUAUAACAAACUUUAAAAAAAUGUGUUUCAUUUUAUGUUAUACAAGGAAAUAGAAUUUAGAAGUGUAACUCAUGCUAUUUCAGAUCUUUACUUAUAAAUUUUAACAGUUAAUUAACUCUUAAGUAUACAUAUGCCAGUAAAUGGAUCUGCUAGUUAAUCUGAAAUCAUUUGAAAUAUUGGUUAACUAGUUUAUAAUUAGUCUAUGUGCUUGCAAGGAAAUCUUAUAAUAUGUAGCAAAUAACAGCAAAUAAGGCCUGUUUUCAUAUAACUUUGAUCAUAGUGAAGAAUCAGUUAUUAAUUUUUAAAGUAAUGUAUUGAGAAUUACUAUAUGACUAAAGCACACCAAAAUAAAGGUUAAAGAUACAUUUCUGUAGUCCAUAAUGUCAGAACAAUGAAAAUAUUUAAUAAUGAAUUUCAAUACUUUCUUCUAACCUUUGUGAUAUUUGGUAAGUCAGAAAUCUUCUAAUUCUUAUGUAUUUUAAGUAUGUCUUCAAAGCAUCUAGGAGCUUGUUAAUAUUUAUCCAAACCUGAGAAAAUUGAACUAAAAUGUGGUUCAUAAUUUUUUAUCAGUAUAUCAUUACUCACAGGCAUUCUAACUUUGAAGAAAGUUCAAAACCUAGUUGUCAGAAUGCCUACAUUUCAUCAUUUGGAGUUAUACAUGUAGUAAUCACACAGCAACAUAUACAGAAUUAUUGUUAAAUUUUUAAGUUGGAUUUCAAAUUGAAAAAAACUAGAAUUUAAAAAAAACAUAUAAUAGAACCCAUACUUCAAUUUCUAAAUAUAAAGAUACUGUGAUCUAUUUUAGUCUGCUUUGUUUUACUAUGUAAUGUACAUUUAUGAUUUGCAAGUGUGUUAUUCAACUGAGUAAUAAAUGA